GGAUACUAAAAACGUUGAAAUACAGCUGGAGAAGACAAACACAACUAUGGCGGAUUUAAUCGGUUCCAAGGACGACGAGAAGUCGUUAUUAUUGGCACACAUUACAUAUCUGGAGGAGCAGAUUGAGAGGUGUCAGCAGGUCCACGACCAGCGGGAGGAGCGGAACCGGGAGCUGAGCUCUCGGUACGACGCGCUGGAGAAGGACAAGAAAGAGUGCAUCGAGCACCUGAAGCAGCGCGUGCACGCCAAAGAGAGGAAGGAGGACGAGCUGGAGCAGCAGCUGCAGCUGCAGCCGCUGGUCGCUGCGCAGGCGCAGCAGGCGCUGCCGCUGCAGCUCAGCCUGGAGCUGCAGCGGCAGCGGCAGCGCUGCGACGCCCUGCAGUCAGAGAUCCAGGAGCGGGAGGCAGAGUGCCUGAAGCAGCUGAAGCAGCAGGAGGUAAAGCAGCAGGAGCUGAAGGAGCAGCGGAUGCAGCAGAAGUUGGACGCGGAGACUCGGAAGAGGCGGCACGCCAGAGACGUCGAAGAGCUCAAAGCGGCCAUCGACAACCUGAAGACCGACACCGAGCCGGAAAGGGAAAAGAAGAUCGCGGUGACUAAGGUGACACUGGACGGAUCCGUUGAGGGGCGGGCCGAGCAGAUCCUCCAGGAGGGCCGAGACCUCACGGGCGAGCAGAGCGAGUGUCUUCGCUUCCUGCUGGAAAAAAACAAGACCCUUCCGAUCCAGAGGGACGCCAUGCGAGACCAGAACAGGGAUCUCUGCCUCCGUAGGGACCAGCUGAAUGCAGAUCUGAAGAAGUGUAUCAAGGAGAAGAUCACCAGCAUGAAGGCAGUGGAACAGAUGACGAUGGAGUACCAGCAGCUGAAGGCGGAGCUGGAGGCCUGUAGCUCCGCCCACAGCAGCGUGCUGGCCAGGACAGUCGCUCUCAAUGUGAUCGGAGUGCACGUGAGGCGUCACGCUGCCCGUCGUGCUUUCAGACGGCUCGCGGCCUCGGAGUCCGAGGAGAGCCGGCAGAGAGCAGGCGAGGCCGCUCAGCUGGGGGCGGAGCUUCAGAGGGAGAGCGUCAGGACGAGGCAGCUGCAGAGCAUCCUGGGAGAAGGAGUGGUCAUCCUGAAGCACAUCCUGAGGGAGGAGGAGUCUGUGACCGAGUGUGAGAUGGACCGGCUGCUGGAUAUCCUGGAGAGCUCCGCCCAAUGAACCUGAGAGGACCUCCAGCUGUGACCCGGAGUCCUGGAUGCAGAGAGAGACCCAUGUGAACUGGGUGGGAGGGUCCUCACCACAGGGCCCGGGGGUUUGAGUCCAGACCAGAUUGCUCUGUAGGUUUCUAGAUGACUGCUGUAUUUACAUAACUGUGAGGGUUGUUCUGUUGCCCUACUUAUUGUUUCACUACAUGAACAAUAAAGUGCCUGUUAUAGAAUAACAACUC